AUGUACUCACCUAUGGUGCAGUACCGAGGAGUGCGCUCCGCCCAGCCGCAGAUGACGUAUGGGAUGCAGCCCGUGCGAGUGGCACAGCAUCCCAUAGCGUACGGCGGUUGCCCCCCGCGACUUGCGCCGGUGGCGCGCGGAACCCCUGCGCAGCCCCUGCGGGCGGAGGUCAUUCGAUCUCCGACGCCCGCUCACCGAGUGGUCCGGCAGUUCCACCCCGUCGAUGUGCUCGCAACACCAGCGCUGGUGCAUCGCGAGUACCGGCCGUCGGAGAUUCCGCAACCACUUGCGUACCGGCCGCCAGAGCUUCCGCAAGCGCCAGCGUACCGGCCGCUGGAGAUGCCACAAACCCCGACGUUGGUGCAUCGGGAGGUGAUCCGAACUCCUGCGAUGCAGCAUCGCGAGGUUGUUCGAACGCCUGCCGUGCAACACAGAGAGGUGCUCCGAACACCUGCUGUCGAGCAUCGAGAGGUGCUGCGGACACCGGCAUUGCAGCAUCGGGAGGUAAUGAGAACACCGGGCAUCCAGCAUCGAGAGGUCUGCGUCACGGCAGAUGUGCAGCGAAUCGUCCAGGCUUUGGCCUCGCCUGCACUUCCGUGCCGUUCCGUGAGGCCAUCUGAGGCCGUUCCUGUCCCGGUCCUCUCCUCCUCGUAUCCACCGCAAGCGGCCCAAACGGCGCCACCGGCCCCAGCAGGCACCGGUCCCGUGCGACAGCUCACAGGCACGAACGCAGUCGCCGUCCCCGCACCGAGGCCAAGCACGGUCACUGCUCAGGAGGCUGCUGUCCAGGCGACUGUGGCAGCGGGAGGACAAGUCGUUUGGCUUGCGGCUCCUUCAGCACCGGCGCAGCCGCAGCUGGCCACUGCCGGUGGCCAUGCUGUGAACGCCGUCAUGACUGAAGGACAGGCAGCAAUGGAAAGGAUCCGAAGUGCAGUUGACUUCCUUCCACACACUCCGCCCAAUGCCCUCUUGGAUUGGCUGAAGUACAUCCUCUCGGGGCAGAUGGAGCCUGGCGAGCCGCGACCAGACGGCGGAAAGUACUGGGAUAAGCGCCGGGUGCAAACGUCCUUGCGGCGGCUACUAGAGUCGAUCCAGGACUGGUCUGAGAAGCGGCAGGAACAGCUCACGCGCCAGGGUGCAGACGCUCCAAGUGCCGACCUUGCCAGCGAGGUGCUCUGCGGCAUUUGGCAAGCCACGCCCGGUCAAGGUCUCGGGACGUUAGAUCCUGAGAAGAUAAAGAUGACCGAGCAGGAUUUCAUCACUGGAGUCCAGCUCUUGGGUGCUUGGCCUCCGGAGCUCACGCCUGGCGAUCGCCAGGAGGUCUUCGCAGCACUCCUGGUGCCUACGCAGCGCUCCAUCCGACAUCUAAAGGAAGGAAGAGCCGGCCUCUCUCAAGUUUUGGACCGCCGGAGCCUUCGCGAAGGCCUCGCCGGAAUCCCCUAUGUGCUGCCGGACUUCCCUGUGCCGGUGCACUUGCUGCAGGGCAGCAAGUCAGCUUCCUGGAAGAUCUCGGAGAUUGCCAAGGAGCUCGCCACGCGAUUCGCUGCCGAUGGCACCGGUGUUGACAUGGUCAAGGACUUCUACCUCUCCGGCCUGCUCUCCCUCGAAGAGCUUCAGAUAGCGCUACCUGAACUCAUCGAGAUUCGCAAGCUUGAGCAGGCCGUGGAGCUCAUCCUUCGUACUUCCUCACGCUGCCUCACCGCGGCGGAGUGGCAGAAGUUUGUUUACAGCGUGCGCGGCGAGCAUCCGGGUGCCAAGGAGGAGGAGGCCACCCCGAAGCCGGAAGCCGAGGCUGACACGGAUGCAGGGCCCGCUUCGGCCCCGGGGUCGGGGCAGAAGCAUUUCUUGGAGGAGCUGGGUAUGCGCCAGGUUGUGGAUUGGAGCACUACGGGCGGUCGGAGGCACAGCCACCAGGCUGAUGAAGGUGCCGGAGUUCAGGUGGAGAAGCCUUCCUUCUUGACCGACAAGGUGCCCGAGCCCGGGGACGAGGGCAUUCGGCUGAUCAGCCUGGACUGGCACAACGAGUGCCUGGGGCCGCUACUUGCUGCACCGUUUGUUCGGUGCUGCCAAAUUUACAAGGCCAUUUCCUGUGAGAGCUAG